UGCACACGUCACUCCGGAGGCGGAGCCUCUCACCGACCGGCAGGGGGCGCGCGCGCCAGGCGAGGAGGCAGCACUUUCAUGGAGGAAGCGGAGGCAGAGAAGCGGGAGUGGGCCGCGGUGGCCCGGGACCUGCUGGCCCUGGGGUAUGAGGGUUUCCCGGAAGUGGCGUCGCCAGGCACCUCGUGCCCAGACUUCAGGGUGCUGUGCGCGCGGCUGGCGGCGGAGCUGGCGACUCUGGGUGCCCUGGAGCGGGAGCGAGAGGAGGGCACGGAGGCGCUGAGCGCCGCCGACGGUCCCGGCGCCGAGGAGGAAUUCCUGCGACAGUUGGCCGGCCUGUUGCGGGAGUUGCAUUGCCCGGACCGCGAGCUCUGCGGCAGGGAUUGCGCGGCCUCGCUGCGGGACCCCGGCGCGCGCCUGCGCCUGCUGCGCUUUCUCUGCUCGGAGGUCCAGGCUGCUGGCCUUCUCCGCCUGCACUCCCAUCUGGACCCCAGCCCUGAGCCAUCCGGUGGGGAGGGGGCAGAGGAGGGAUCUGGCAUGGUCCAGGAACUGGUCCUUAUUCUCCAAGCCCUGGGGUUGCCCAGACCCACGCCGGGGACCCCAGCCAGCCAGCUGCUUCGGGACUUGCAUGCCAAGAUCUCGGAGCUCCUGCCUUCCCUGCCCCCAGGGUCCCUGCAGCCCCUCCUCAGCUACCCGCUGGACGCACCCAGAUGGGAAGCGUUGGAGUCUCUGUCCCAAAGCCUGCGAGAUCAGUACUGCUGCCGCCGCUGCCUCCUCCUCAAGCGCCUGGACCUCACAACAUCUGCUUUCCACUGGAGCGAUCGGGCAGAGGCCCAAGGAGAGGCCAUGAAGGCAGUGCUGAUCCCAAUUCGAGAGGCACUGACCCCAGAAUCAGAUGUCUCCAUCGCACACGUCCUAGCUGCCCGAACUGACCUGUCUCGCCUUGUCCCAGCCACCAGCAAGACUGCCCGCCAAGGGACCUGCUGUGCUGUCAACAAGGUGCUUAUGGGCAGUGUUCCAGACCGGGGGGGCCGCCCAAAUGAGCUAGAGGCUCCCAUGCCCAGCUGGCAGAGCAGAAGAGAGGACGGAGGCGGGCGGAAGGCAGGCCGCCAGUGCUGGGGCCACAAGAAGAAGAAGAAGAAGUAAAGGGGGGGCUGGUGGUUGGGGGAGGGGUCCUUCCUGAGAUCCUGCCAUUGAUGAUCUCUUGAGGAGUCACUCUGAGGGUUUCUCUUGGCACUUGGCACCCCAGCCCCAUAGCCCCUGUUCCUGAGGCCCCAAAUGUCCUCCCCGCAUCUACCAUUCAACACCAAGGACCAUGUUCUCUGGCAAAUAAAUUUAAUUUAUGACA